AUGCGGGCGAAAAACAUGACGCGGCCGGCGUACCUCAUCGACCACGUCAUUCACGCUGUCCCAGUAGCCAUGGUGCACUACUGCUGUGAGCUGAAGCGGCAGCUGGCGACUCUGCCGCUGCUGCGCUUCUUCGACCUACUGCCGUCGCCUGAAACAGUGAAAACGCGGGGCGGCACUUGCAGAAGCCCCGCCGGUGCAGCCGUAGCGGCGUGGUUGCCCACCGAAGGAUGGUUUGAGAAGCUCCCUGCCCCGCGCGUGGCCCACCUCCUCCUCAUGCGAUGGAUGCUGGCGGCGACGGAGUCGUACAUUGAGAAGCUCUUCUUCGACCAGAGCCUGGUGGUGCGGCAACUGCGCAGCAAGCGGAUUCGGCGGCGGUUGCUAGGCUGGGGAUUAAGACUUGUAUCCCACGCUGUCUUUGAUCCCUUCCUGCUGAGUAUUGUCGUGCCGCUGCUGCUCUCCUGGGGUGCGACUCCCAACGCUGGCGACGCGUCAUCGCUGCUGCCGUCGCCGCCGCCGCGAGUUCUCUUCACGGUAGCCGGUGCCGUCCGGGGCCUCGUGAUUAGCGCAGUGGGUGUAACGAUUCAGCAGCUCUUGAUGCCCCUGGCGAGCCAGCUGGUGGACCGGGCGGUGCUGACUGUCUUCGAGGCAGUCGAGUACCUCAUCAUGCGCCGCUAUGCCCAGUGGUCGGACGACGAUGAGGACAAUGACUACAACGAGGAUGACGAGGGCGAUGACGAUCGCGCGUCGCUUGCCUCGGGUGCUAGCGAGGAAGCGCGCUCUCAACAGAGUUUGAGCAUGUCGAUUGCGACCACCGCUCCCAGUGGGGGCGGGGCUGGCGAGACGGCUACACUCUCGGCAGAGAAGCGCGUGGAGCAUGUGCAGCGUCGAUUGCGGCGAGAGCGCCGCGAGCGCCGUAAGCGACGUGAGCGGUGGCAAGCCGAGCGGGAGCAUGCCAUGCGGCUGGCCAUUCUUCGCGCCAUCGUGUACCGCGUCGUGGCUUCUCUUGUGGCUCAGUCGCUCAUUGAUCAUCCGCUUAGCGUGUUGGUGGAACUGUUGCGCGGUCGCGCGACACUGCACCUCACGGGACUCCUUCAAACAUACGCGGUCAUGACGGAUGCGAGUGAUGGACUGUCAUGGGCGAAUCUGUGGCGGUACGCCUUGCAGUUGGUGAGCCCAACCGUAACGGUCAGCGACGCAACCAAUGGAGGAGAUGCCGACGAAGAAGGCGUGCCGCCACUGGUAACGGUGCUGCGUCGAGCCGGUCGCACGAUUACGCAGGAGGUGGUUGUGCUGUCUUCUAGUGUUUUGACGGCAUCUGGGCAGACGGCGGCCAUUGCGGCGGUGCAGCAGCGCGCUGCACAAACCGUCGCGCAAGGCGGCAUUCCAUCAGCGGCCGACAGCGCAGAUUUCAUGGCGCGCACUCUUUCGUCUCUCUCACCCUUCUAUUACGGCAUUCAGUUCACUAUGAUUGACAAGGUGCUGAGCUUCUACAUGGCCGUGUGGACGCGGUUGACGAAGCAGUAG